GGCCUCAUGGAUUUGGCAGUGAGGCGCGGCGUGGGGGCCCACUCGUCUCCCCCCGCCUUCCACUCGCUCGUCUCGACUCUCUCCGCGAUCGACUCCAGACCUCGAGAUUGGCGCGUCCGUCCUUCCGUCCUGUCAUCUCGCUCGUAGCCUUGCUUGCUUCCUUUCGCCAUCCACACAUCUCGUCCUUCUCUCAGCCAGAGCGGCAUCGCUGCCCAUCAUGGCGAUGAUGCCUCCUCCUCCAUCCGCCGGAGGCUCGGCAGGCGGCUCGCUAGGCUUCAUGCCCACUCAAUCGGCCAACAGCUUGGGCAUCGCCUCGACCUCUGCCUUGCCUCCGCCUCAGCCUAGCGUUCCGGCAGGGUAUGCGACCCUCAGGCUGCUCGAGUACUUUGAUGCGCUCGCUGGCAAAGAAUCCCAGCAUGCCCAUGAGAUUCACGACCUCAACUUCUGGCGCUCAUUGACGCAUACCUUCUACGCGCCUGAUGGCGUCUUUCGCUUCAUUGCCUUCAAUCCGUCUACUAGGGAGCAGAGGUCUUUUGAACUCCCCACACCCGUCAUCCCACGAUACCUUCACACCGUCCACCUCUCGGGCGUCUCCUCCCACUAUGUCUCCCUUUCCUCCACCCGUGAAUAUCCCUGUGACCAGCUUAGCAAAGUCACCGACCCACCCGCAGUAAAAGGCUGCUCGCUUGGUAUCCCCACCGGACGCACCUCUCACUUUGUCCAAGUAGAUCGCGCUCGGAUGGACAUCGAGUACGAGAGCGGCUGGACAGUCGUACAGCGUGGAGUGAUGAGGGCGGGCUUCACGACGAUCGGCGGGGCGCUGAAGUUACAGUGGUUGGAUUUCAUCAUCAAGGACUGGAGCAGCCUGGUGCCGCGAGCGAAGAUACAGAGGGGAGUGGUUGAGCAGGUGGUCAGUGAGGAGGUCGUGGCAAAGAUCCGUGGAGACGUCAAGAACGGAUCGAAGAGCAAGGAUGACAAGAAGACCUCAAAGGAAGCGGGAGCAGAGGACGAGAAGCCUUCUUCCUCCUCAAGAGAGGACGACCGGGAUCGGGAACGGCCACGCAUCACGCACCCUGUGGAGCGCUGGUCGAUGCCAGAGAACCCGGUCAACGAGUAUGGUAUGACGCUGCGAGCCAUGCGCUGCCUCGAGAUCACUGAGUCGGUCUGUCAGCUGAGGGACUUGAUGGACUACGCGGCGCAGAAUACCUUGGGACCUAUGCAGGCUCUGCAACGUUUGGCUGGAGAGUUGAGGGCGAGUAGACCUGACAAGCAGGAGGACAGCAAAGCAUCAGGAGAGGAGGGCGGUCAGGAGGGCGCCGCUAAGAGAAAGGGAGGAGCAGGAGCCGGGCCUUCAGUGGGUAGCGGUGAGGGGAAUGUCAAGACGGAAGGGCAGGAUGAGGAGCCUUCUGGGCGCAGCAGCCCGGCGAAGCGCAUGCGAUGAUGGUGUCCGGCCGCAAUUGCAAUGUACUUGUAUCUGUC